CCAAAACUAUGGCCGUGUUGUACUUCGUAGUGCGUGCCGAAAUAUAAGUUAUGUGUUCAAUACAUUGCCGAGAUCCCUACUAAAUAAACAUCGAUAGAAAAUUUCGGUGUUCACUUCACUAAUAAAGUGUAUGAAUCACAUUGAACAACAUGCAAGGGUCUAUAGAGGUAGAUUUGACGAUGUGCCGAAUAUGUUUGGCGAAGAAGAAAUCAUUAUGUCCUUUAUUUAAGUACAAAUUGUCUGGAAAUUAUGCUGAAAUGCUUACAGCGAUUGCCGAUGUCAAGGUUGCUUCAAAUGAUGGUUUGCCAGAGAAAAUAUGUACAAAAUGCUGUGUUUCACUGGAGAAGGCCUUUUUACUUAAAACCAUUGCUGAAAGAUCUGAUAAAAAAAUGAGAAAACUGAUUGCACAAGUAAAAUGUAGUGUUCCCACAAAAAAGAUAUCCUUUGAUUCUUUUACUGACAUUAAAGAAGAGAUUGCCCCUCUCGCUGUAAAAAUGGAGCCAAAAUGGGAAAUGGAGAUUGACCUAGAAGGUAAUGCUGCAAAGGGCAAGAUUGAAACAAUCGAUGGACAGGACAUCGUUAUAGCAAAUACUGUAAUACGCAAGGUGGACCAGGCCGGUGAUAGUACAUCCUUGAAGCAGAAUGAUUAUGGUGAUGCAGACUUUUUUGAUGAUGAUUUAUAUCACAAUGAUGAUGAUAAUGAUGAAGAUUAUGUACCAGAUAAAGAAGUUAUGAGCAAAAUCAAAUUCAAGAAGCCAAAGUUAACCAAUAUCAAAGUUUUUAAAGCAAAGAAACCUGUAAAGAAAACGAAAGCUAAUAAUAAAGUUAAAGAGGAGUUGCUAGCUAGUGAUGUAGACAUUUCAAGUGGAGAAGUACCUACAAGAAUUGCCUGUUAUCCCAUCCUUAAAAACGGAGCUAAAGGUGCCCCAAUAUACUUGAAAAGGCCAAAAGACGCGACGAUUGUGAAAGUCCACAACUACAAACCCCCAGCACGCGAUGGAUCGAGGAUUAAGAAACAUGUACCAAAGGAACGAGAGAAAUUAGUAUGCCCUGUCUGUGGCAUCUUGACAUAUACUUUGGGAAACCACAUAGCGACACAUGAAGAAAAGAAGAAGUUUACUUGCCCUGAGUGUCCUCGGACAUUUGCGCAAAAGAACAACUUGGCAAUACAUCUCAAGAAGCACAGCGGUAUCAAGGACCACAUUUGUGAUGUAUGCGGGGCUGGAUUUUAUACUCAAAAAUCUUUAGCAAGGCAUAAUCUAAUACACAAGGGCGAACGACCAUACCCCUGUAACCUGUGUUCAAAGACCUUUAUUGCACGCUGCGAUCUGGGCCGCCACCUGCGCAUCCACGCCGGAUACAAGCCGUACAAGUGCGCCACCUGCGCCAUGUCCUUCAACGCCAAGCACCAGCUCCAGAACCACGAGCGGAUGCACACGGGCGAGAGACCCUACACCUGCCAGGUAUGCGAUCUCGCGUUCAGCUACAAGGUUAACCUCAACAAUCACGUUUUCAAGAUACACGGGAUCAAUCUCAAGUUCAAGUCUAUUCAUACAGUCACAGAGGAGGUGCUCAGAAGAGAGAUGAACAUGGUUAACGAGGCGAGAGAUGCCAUAGCACAUAUUAUGCCACAGCUGGGACAAGUCCCCGCACCAGCCGCGCAUGAAACAGUACAUCAUAGCGGAAACUACAGCGUGUAGGUCAGUUUUGACCCAUUGGUGGUCUGUUUUGACCCACUGGUGAUGAUAGUGCUGGCAACUGAUCUUAAUUAUAAUUGUAUAUGUGAAGAAUGAUUUUGAGCGAGGUAAGCACUGUUCAUUACAUACCAUAGCUGCCAAUACUUUGUUUGGUAACAACUGCGGGGCUAAAAUGGUCACAUUUAGCAAUUCCUCUCAAUCAA